GCAUACCAAUAAAUAUCAAGUGUAGUAAAAAAGGAACUAGUUAAUUUUUGCUUUUUGAAAACGAAUUCCGAGCGGACAAUGAGUUUUGCUCUAAAAUUGGGUUCUUCAAUCGGAUAUUUUCACCGUACGAUAUUAGCUCGUAACAUAAUUCAAAGGAAAAGUCAUGUUGUAUCUUACCGUAAUGGCCCCCCUCCCCAUUCAAAGGCAACUAAAAUUGGUGCUGUAACUGUUGGUGGAGCUAUGUGGUGGUGGGUAAUCUGGCACUUAUGGCAUGAACCUGACCACAUAACGGGGGAAUUCGAUUAUCCCAACUCAAAGAAAUGGAGCAACACAGAGUUGGGUAUUCCAAAGGAUGACCUUUAAACCUUUUAUGUUCAAGCUUACUCCAUAAAUAUUGAUUAAAAUGCGAUAUUUAGCCAUGUA